AUGUCUCCAAAUAUACAAUCACUCGUUCGUUACUUUUCGCUGUUUCCACUCAACAUGGAGGCUCUUUUAAUCUUAUCCGCACUUCUAUCUCUGGUUUUCUACCUAGUUCUUCACAAGUAUACUCGCACAUAUUCUCGACUGCCGCUGCCCCCCGGCCCAAAAGGCCUCCCCAUCAUUGGCAACAUUUUCUCUCUGCCACCGAACGGAGUGCCAGAGUAUGAGCAUUGGCUCAAAUUCAAGGACUUAUACGGGCCGAUUAGUUCCAUCACCGUACUAGGCCGAACACUGGUUAUUCUCCAUGACAGAAAAGCGGUUGACGAGCUCCUCGAGAAAAUGUCUACCAAGACAUCAUCCCGGCCGGAAAACACCUUCUCCAACAUGUCUGGAUUUAAUAGAUUCGUUGUAAACAUGCAAUAUGGUGCACAGUGGCGUCAGCACCGUAAGGUUCUGCAUCAGUAUCUUGGUACAGAAAAGCUUGCGAGACGAUUUGACGAUGUUCAAGACAUGGAGUCGCGACGACUUCUCCUCCGGUUGUUAACUUCGCCUGAGAACCUCGUCCAACAUUUUAAAACUGAAGCCGGUGCGAUUAUUCUACGAGCAACGUAUGGGUAUGCCAUCGAACCGCAUUCUCCAGACCCCUUGGUCCAGGCAAUUGAAGAAAUGAUGAACAAUCUCUCCAAGUCCACGGUUCCUCUGUCAUGGGCAGUCGAUGUGAUUCCCGCACUCAGGUUCCUACCCAACUUUUUGCCCGGCACAUCAUUCAAGCAAACAGCCAAGGAAGCGUACGCCAUCAAUGAUCUAGUCACCGACGUUCCCUAUCAAUUUGUUCAGCAGGAGAUGGCAAAAGGCGCCCACCGGCCAUCCUUUGUUUCGAGCUCCCUUACAGAAAACAAGCAUAGCAACGGGAAAGAAGGCACGGAUCACGACGCAGAAAGCGUCAUCAAGGUGGUCGCCGCCAUCAUGUAUGGCGGCGGCGCAGAUACUACCGUCGCCGUCCUGACUGGCUUUGUCCUAGCCAUGAUUCUGUUUCCAAAAGUCCAACAACAGGCGCAAGAGGAGCUCGAUAGGGUUCUCGGCGAUAAGCUCCCCGACGCAGAAGAUCAGAACAACCUGCCUUAUGUUUCGGCAGUAGUCAAGGAAGCGAUGCGCUGGUUUCCAAUCGCUCCGGUCAAUACCCCCCAUGCCACUGAUGCAGAGAUACAGUAUGGAGGAUACCGUAUUCCAAAAGGAUCGUAUAUACUCGCAUCGACAUGGUGGUUGCUUCAUGAUCCGCAAGUAUACCAGGAUCCGAACGCAUUCGACCCCGAUCGCUUCCUGUUGCGAAACGAGCCGGAGCCUACCAAUGCUAUGUUUGGAUUCGGCCGCAGAAUUUGCCCUGGUCGGUUUGUCGCCGAAAAGAGUUUAUUCAUAACAAUAGCACGACUUUUGUCUACGUUUACAGUUAGGAAAGGCGCUGGAGAAGCCAAACGUGUGUUUACACCUGGACUGAUUGCGCAUCCGGCUGAGUUUUCGUAUGAGAUUACGCCGAGGAGCGAGAAGCAUGCUGCGUAUGUGAGGGCCAUCGAAAGGGAUGUACCGUGGGAGAAGGGUGACUCUGGGCUUCUUUCGCGAUGA